GCUGGUUUUGCUAAUCGUCCCACUUCUUUCAUUUGAAUUUUCCAUUGACAAUGUAUUAUAUUCGGUUUCCGCCACUUUUCGAGUAGGACUCUGUCCUAGUCGACAUACUUCUUACCCCUUGUCUUGGCAGUGAGGGUGCCCAGCUCUCCCCCUUAGAGCUUGAGGAGACGGCUCUUGACGGUGGAUUACUGUUCCAAGCCGUCGUUCGUUCUUUACCUCAGCUCAACCUUGCAAUCUAUCUGUGAGGGCGGCCUGCCGUUUCUUCGGCCCGCAUUUGAACAGGGCUUUUCUUUCGAGGGGUUCUGUACCAUCAUCUUUUUGUCCUCAUAGGAAGCGAGUUCGAACAGUGACAGCCAUGGGAUCGUCUCCGUUGGUCACCAAAUUUCCCGGCAAUGACCUCAAUAUCCGCACAGCUGCAGAUAGACCAAGCCUGAAGAGCAAUCCUGUUGAGGAGCCCGCACAGCCGACUCUUCCUGCCAACUUUGGAGAAGUAGUACAUGGCAUUUACAGGAGUUCCUAUCCGAACCCCAGGAACCUUCCGGCCCUCAAGAAGUUGGGUCUCAAAACGAUAAUCACUCUUGUUGAAGAACAGUACUCUAAUGUACAUAUUAGCUUCCUUUUGGAGAAUGGAAUCAAUCAUCGGAGAAUUCUGAUCGAACCGAACAAAGACCCGAAUGUGAAAACUCCAGAGACUACUAUAAUCCGCGUUUUAGAAUUAUUACUCGAUCGCCAGAAUCACCCUGUUCUCGUUCACUGUAACAAGGGAAGGCACCGCACCGGAUGUAUUAUCGGCUGUUUUCGAAAGGUCCAAGGUUGGCCAAUGCAUGAUAUCCUUUCCGAAUAUCACAUAUAUGCAGAUCCUAAGGCGCGCCCUUUGGAUGAAAAGUUCAUUACGUCUUUUGAUCAUACGAAACUGAAGCAUCGGGCGGAAAUUAUAGGAGCAACUAAUUGGAAGCCCUCAACUAACCACAAGCUUGUGGCUAUGUCCAACGGGGAGCAGUCCAGUUCCGAUAAACGCCACGUUCAUUCUUCGCUGAGCGAAGUCAGCAUGCCCAAAGUUAUCUAAGACACUUUAUUAUCACGCAUUGACGAAGCAUCUUCACGAUUUAGAAAUGACGAUGAUUGCAUCUAGACGGUUUUCGGGCUUCCAUUGUAUCUUCACGCGUACAAACGCAUGGAGUCUCAUACCCUGAUAUUCAUGCGGGCUGUGGAUCAAAGGGCUUUACGAUGGUUACUUUUAACGAGCUCAUAACUUUGUUUCUAUGGGUUUAUUUUAUCUUUUCUGCCCAAGUACAAUAGUCCUCGGGGUCAGGUUCUAAAUGACUUUUUCUUUAUACGGGGCGGCUUGAUGCUUUUAACCGGAUACAGCUCCAUAGAAGGUUAAAAUCUAGAAUGGAGUUUACAGCUCACCUUUUUCUAGCGGUGUUUGUUUUCCG